UUAGAAAAAAGGAAAAGUGAUUUGUUUUCCCUUGUGUUACUGUGCACCUCAACAACGCAUUAUAAAGAACGAUCUACCACCUCCAACCCGCCACCGUUUGUCGUCGCGCACACCCAAGAACGGCGCCGUCGACACUUCAUCUAUGUGUCAGGCAUAUCUAAAGAAUUCUUGCUAUUUGGUAUUGGAAUAGGUUUAAUGGGUCCAAGAUGGAAAGGAAAAGGGUCAGAAGCCAAAGCUCUUGCCGACCCCAUGUCGAAAAUAGUGUUACAACUUCAAUCUUCUCUAAUCAAAUCAGAGGCUCAAGGAUUACUUUGUGGCUGCAAUGUUUUUCUUGGUGCAGAAGCACAAGAAGCCGGUCUCCUUAAUCGCUCUUGCUUUGGUGUACCCAUUACUACAGCUGAAAAAGAAAAGCAAUGGUUUCAGCUGGGCAUGGAAGAGGCCUUUUACCUUCACUAUUCUCUCAAGUGCCUCAUGAUAGUUGAUGAAAACAAACGCUUGAUGAAUGAUGAAGAGCUAUGGCUUUACAUGAAAUCCAAGAAAGAGACUUUCCCUGAUUUUUACAAAGCUUAUUCUCAUCUUCGAAUGAAGAAUUGGGUUGUGAUGUCUGGGGUUAGGUACGGUGUGGACUUUGUCGCCUACCGUCACCAUCCAGCUCUGAUUCAUUCUGACUUUGCUGUGCUUGUUUUAUCGCCAGAAGAAGAAAAAGGUUGUGGGGAUGGAAACUCAAGGUUGAGGACGUGGUCUGAUAUUCAUUGCACCACUCGGCUUUGUAGUGGUGUUGUCAAGACAUUGUUAGUCCUUAAUGUCAGUAGAAAUGGUGCUGAUGCUAUCUCUUCGUCAUGCGUGGAAAAAUUCACUGUUUAUGAGUACACAAUCACAAGAUGGCUUCCAGAAAGAUGCCGUGAAGUUCACAUGGUAGUUAAAAAUGAAACUAGCAGCUGUACAGUAGCUGAAGAUGAAACCAAUAUUCAGGUCCCUUCUAAAGUUUUAGAGACACCACAUGUUGAGGAAGCAGGAAGUUAGGCAGUUAUGCAAUAUGCCCAUCAUAUUUAACACAAAUGUAAGUUUGUGAACAUAAUUUACACUUUCAGGAAUAUUCGUUUCUGUUUUAGUAAACUGUAAUUGACUGAUUUAUUCUCGAUAAAUGACCUGUCCUGCUCUCAAAUUAAACCAAAAUUCAGAUUCUCUCA